UAUCUCACCCUUCCUUAGUUAAAGCAAAAGCACACAGAAACUGAGAUAUCCCUAUUUACAACUAGCUCAAGAAUACAUAGCAUGAUGAGAGGAGCUGAUCAGCUGCACUCUGUACUGGCUGUUACUUUUCUUCUCCUUGCGUCCAUUGCGGUAGCAUUCGAUCCAAGCCCUCUUCAGGAUUUCUGUGUCUCCAUUGACGACCCCAAGCUCGGUGUGUUUGUGAAUGGCAAGUUCUGCAAGGACCCAAUGCAAGCCAAUGCCGACGACUUCACAUUUCGUGGCCUCAACUUGCCCGGAAACACAUCCAAUCCGGUUGGCUCAAACGUCACUUUGGUUAAUGUCGACCGACUAAAAGGGCUCAACACUCUUGGCAUCUCUUUGGCUCGCAUUGACUAUGCCCCUUAUGGUGGUCUGAACCCUCCUCACACCCACCCUCGUGCCACCGAAAUUCUUGUGGUGGUCAAGGGCACUCUCCAUGUCGGGUUUGUCACCUCCAACCCUCCCAAGCUCUUCACAAAAACCCUACACGCUGGAGAUGUUUUCGUCUUCCCAAUCGGUCUCAUUCACUUCCAAUUAAACGUGGCCAAUACCAACGCUAUUGCUUUUGCCGGAUUGAGCAGCCAGAAUCCAGGCACAAUUACUAUUGCCAAUGCUGUUUUUGGUUCCGAUCCCGCUAUCAAUCCUGAUGUCCUCACCAAGGCAUUCCAAGUGGACAAAAACUUGGUGGAUUACCUCCAAAAGCAGUUCUGGACUGAAAAUUAAUAGAAAAAUUACGAGGCGCUAUGCUACUACAUGAAGCUAGAGCUUGUCAUUUUACAUUUGUUGUGUAUGACUUAUUAUUGUUUUUUUUUUCUUAGCACCACUUUGCUUUUUCGCUAUUUCCUUUGUAUGUUUACAAUAGUGGAUAAUAAAUUAAAUAAAAAGCU